GCGUGAUUUAAGUGUUAGCAGUUUGCCUUUGUCUGCCUGAGCUGACUUCAAUCAUUGUUUGAUGGUCUAUUGUCGCUAUGCGUAUCAGGCUGAUGUUAGCAUCAUGGCGGAAGAAAGCGGCUUCGCCAAGAUUUUGCGUUGGAGGAAUUCAUGCCUCAUGAAGGUGCUACUGCACGAAGCGCUGCAAGAGUCAAUGCCCCCAGAUCUUCGUGCCUUGUUGUUCCAAGGAAGGAACUUGUCUAGCUUUCUGCGUGACUUUCAGGAUUUUAGUCUUAUGAAGAUGUGGGACAAGAAAGCGAUGUGGUGCAUUCUCCCUUUGUUCGUUUGUGAAAGACUAAGUGAGGAGGUGUAUACCCUCAAGCAGAAGGCGAAAACAUGGGAUGAGUUGGAGAGUUCCUUACGGCUAAGAUUCCCAGAAGAUGGAAUAGAAGGCCAACGUGGGGAAUACCCUGUGCCACCAGUUGCGGACGCACCAUCGCAGGCAAAGUUAAGUGGUUUACAAAGGCAAGUAGGGGUAUUGGAAGAAAGGUUAGCCCGGCUGGAAGAGGCCAGGAAAGGCAAGCGGAAGGUUUCAAAAGAUUCCCCAAGUAAGCCGGCUGGCCAGAGUGAAAAAGGUAUAAAGGAGGAUGACCAGAAGUCAACCCACUCAAUAGGAACCCCGAAGCGGCGAGUCAGUGUUCAGGCGAGGGACAAAGGCAGGAGGGAGGACAAGAUUAAAGAGGAGUACGAACCUCUCAAGUUGACAAAGGCACAGCGGAAGGCAAGGAACCUCGCUCAGGGCGGUCAAGGUACCGAAAAGGGGCAGAGCUCGCGGCAAGUAGCGGUUGCCCCGCAAGAGUGGGAAGGCGAGGCGAGCCUCCCUUGAUUGAGCCAGCACUACAUGGGCAGUGGGCGCCGCGUAACCGAAUGAACUUGUGGCCGGCACACAAUCCUUAUACGCCCUGGGCGCAAAGCAAUUAUAUGGGCCCUUGAAUGAACAUGAUGCCCCGUG